GCCCAAUUACCGCAUACAAUGCCCAUGUUGAUCAACUACUGGCUAUUCAUUGCUGUGUUGGUAAAAAGGCUUGGCUCCUUUCACACAACACAACAGAACCGCCAUAGCCGAGACAGCUGAAAAGCAGAGAACACUCUACAAACAAUGAUAAAGAGAAAGCUCUCUCCCUCAAGGCUCAAAAGGCUUCUUUCUCCAUUUUUUCUCACUACGUAUACAUCCCCAAACACUCUUCGCCCGCCAAUCAGACAACUUUCACCCCCAAACCCUUUUAAAACCCUCCCAUUCACCUUUCUGGCAAAGCCCUUCUCGUCACAAUCUUUGAAAAAUCAAUCUUUUCCAAAACUUCCCCUUACAAGGGAUGGAAACUACGAGGAAGACCCCCAACAACCCUUCCCCAUCUGCCCCGGCUGUGGAAUCCGAAUGCAAGACAUUGACCCCAAACAGCCGGGGUUUUUCAUCGAGCCCGCAGCCAAAGGCCCGAACUAUAAGAGAUUCAGGAAAAUGGUUCCCGUCCUCGACGAUUCCGAAAUCUCAGAUUCCAUCAAGAGGGGAUUCGCGAACGAGAUCCUGGACGUCCGGGGACUCGAGAAGAAUCCCGAAACAGAACAUCAGGUGUUUGAAAAAAUGCCCCAGAAGUUUGAAAGCCCGAUAAACAACAGCGGCCCGGAUGAUAGAAGGACUAGUCAGCUGCCCGUUGUCUGCGCCAGGUGUCACAGCCUCAGGCACUACGAGAAGGUGAAGGACCCGAGUUUGGAGAACUUGCUGCCUGAUUUUGAUUUCAACCACACUGUUGGGAAAAGGCUGGUGUCAGUGGGUGGGGCCCGUACGGUGGUUUUGUUUGUAGUUGAUGCUGUCGAUUUUGAUGGUUCAUUCCCCAGAAAAGUGGCAGAUACACUGUACAAGGCAAUUGACGAAAAUUUAGGAUCAUGGAAGGAAGGGAAGUCCGGGAAUAUACCUAGGGUAUUGUUAGUAGUGACAAAGAUCGAUCUUUUGCCGAGCUCCAUUUCGCCUACAAGGCUCGAGCACUGGGUUCGGGCGAGGGCUAGGGAAGGUGGGGCUUGGAAGAUAACGGGUGUGCAUUUGGUGAGCGCUCUUAAAGAAUGGGGCGUAAGGAGUUUAGUUGAUGAUGUGGUUAAGUUUGCCGGGCAAAGAGGGAAUGUAUGGGCUGUGGGGGCCCAGAAUGCCGGAAAAAGCACGCUGAUUAAUGCCAUUGGGAAAUGUGCUGGCAUGAGAGCUUCCAAUUUGACUGAGGCAUCUGUUCCGGGGACAACAUUGGGGAUUGUCAAGAUGGAAGGUGUUCUUCCAGGGAAAGCUAAGUUGUUGGAUACUCCAGGGCUUUUGCAUCCUCAUCAGGUUUCGACUAGGUUGACAUUAGAGGAGCAGAAGCUAGUUCGUGUGGAUAAGGAGUUGAAGCCCAGAACGUAUAGGAUCAAUGUAGGACAUUCUGUUCAUAUUGGUGGGCUCUUAAGGUUGGACUUUGAGAAAUCUUCAGUAGAUUCUAUUUAUGUUACAGUAUGGGCUUCCUCUGUGCUACCUUUGCAUAUGGGGAAGACAGAGAAUGCUUCUAGAAUGCUGGAAGAACAUUUUGGCCGUCAGUUGCAGCCACCAAUUGGUGCAGCGCGAGUUAAACAGCUCGGAAGGUGGGUAAAAAAGGAAUUUCUCAUUAACGGCGACACAUGGAAUUCGAGCUCGGUUGACAUUGCAGCUGCCGGGCUCGGUUGGUUUGCCAUUGGACUCAAAGGAGAAGCUCAAUUGGGCAUUUGGACAUAUGAAGGAGUCGAUGUUAUUGUUCGAAAUGCUUUACUUCCUCAAAGGUCGCGCAAUUUUGAAGUGGCAGGUUUCACAGUCUCAGAAAUCGUGUCCAAAGCUGACCGACCAAGAAACAAGCAGCGCCAAAACUCAAAAAAACUGAAUACCGGCAACUUGGCUAAUAAAGACUUGAGUUCUAAUGACUCGUCGUCAAUAACGCCCAAUUCCAACUCCUCGUAUUCCACUCCAUUGAUUGUAAAUUUCGACACAGGUUUGAAUCUGGAUGACCCAAGUUCAGCCUGCCAGGAGCCUUCAGCUUCAUGACUGAGUGUGCAUGUGAAUUCAAGAUUAAAGAAAAACAAGAUUUUGUUUUUAUUAUGAAAAAUGCCCCCGAAGUGUUGCAAUUGUAGAAAAGGCGUCUCUAUCUUUCGAAAUCGCUAAUAAUCCUCAUAGGUUGUUACGAAGCACUUUCCUUGUGUUUUUAAGGGGUUAUUUGCGAUUUUGGAAUGUAGUUGGGUUAUCUUUGUAAACCGUUAUUUCUGAUUUUGGAAUGCAGUUGGGUCAUCUUUGUAAACCUUUCAAGAAAAGCUUUUCCGGCCCCAUGAGAUGGCUAUUUCUCGAAGUUUUUAUGAUGCGAUUUGUUUUCGGGCUCAAGAAACAGAAUCUUCAGGGGCCAUAAUACUCUUUGAGUGGUGGUGUUAUCAAUUGUGUAAUGCAUGAUAGUUUUCAUUAGAUCUCGGGUUGCAAAUGGAUGUAAACAGAAUCUUCAGGGUUUCAUAUAUACUCGACUUAUUCACUGGUAAACUAAGUUUGGC